AUGGGGCGAAAGCCUGAUAUGACAGGAGUAUCAGCACCUAAAGGAAACCAGAAAAUAAAGAAAGGUGCAAACUCAUAUCGACAAACGCACCAUACGGAUGUGAAGGCCUACGGCAAAUUAUACGAGCCAGAGAAAUAUAAUUUACACACAGAAAAGACAGCAAAUGGCCACCGUAGGUCAGAUUCGUUGUCUUCUGUCUGUGGAAGCAGUCUGAGCGGAAGUGAGAAGAAUGACUCGGGAACCGAGAAACAGCCAAAUGCAGGCGCACAUGAUAACGAUGACAGGAUACGUCUGCCUGAUAUCAACAGCUCUCAAAGCGUCGGUUCGCGAUGUGCAUCCGAGCAGCUAAGGAUGAGUGAGAAAUCCAGAUAUCGGACGUAUUCUGACUCGAGAAAAAUAAGUCAAAGAAAACCUUUUUCAUCAACAGUACACGGAUCCUACAGCUCAGUUAUAUCUCUGCCAGAAGUUGUAGAUAGAAAAACGAAACAUCGACAGCAAAAGAAGCCACAUAAUACGAAAUUGCGCAAUCAAAGAAGCGGUAGUGAUUCGAAUACACUGACGGAUGCUCAUUUCCACAUUGAUGAGAGAAAAGAGAAAGAAAAGAAGGAAACAUAUCAACAAUAUAAAUCUGAAUCCAAGAUAUACCAGGCAAAUUCGAUCUUCAAGAAACUGAAUGACAGCGUAAUCGGAAAGGAUCUCACCAUCGAAACUCCUUUCGGACAGCGACAGGUGGUGUACUGUGACUACACAGCUUCUGGAAAAUGCCUUACGAUCAUAGAAGACUACGUGCGUUCCGUGGUGAUGCCGACUUACGCCAACACUCACUCCACAACGGGACACAACGCCCGCCAGACGGGCCACUUCCGGGAGGAGGCAAGAAACAUCAUUAAGCAGAGCGUCAACGCGUCCAGGGAAGAUGUCGUCAUAUUCACCGGAAGUGGUGCCACCGCGGGGAUGCACAAGAUGGCCUGGGCUUUGAAGAUCAACAAUCCACGCGUAGCCAUGGAAACGGUUGUGUUAAUUGGACCAUACGAGCACCAUUCGAACAUAUUACUGUGGAGAGAAUUUGGCGCUAAAGUCAUACGCAUUCGCCAGAAAGACGCUUCGGGGUUGAUUGAUAUCGACCAUCUCAUCGAAGAGCUUCAGUUUUGGAAAGAGAAGCGCAAUCAUCUGCUGGUGUGUGUGUCUGCUGCCAGUAACGUCACGGGAAUAAUCACUGACGUCAACGCGGUCUCCAGAAUCGCCCAUCAGCACGGCGCGUACGCCAUCUUCGAUUACGCCGCAGGGGGUCCGUAUUUGGAUAUCGACAUGAAUCCGUCAAAAGACGAGUACAAAGACGCAGUCAUUUUAAGUCCCCAUAAAUUCAUCGGUGGGCCGGGUACGCCAGGACUCGUCAUUGCGAAGAAGUGGCUUUUCAAAAACAGCGUUCCAGACAGAGUUGGUGGAGGAACGGUGAAUUUUGUGACCAGGGAAAUUCACGGUUACGUGAGCAACAUCGAGGAGCGGGAGGAAGGCGGUACCCCUGCUAUCAUAGAGUCUAUCCGGGCUGGUCUGGUGUUCAAACUCAAACAGGAAAUAGGAUUUGACGUCAUACAUGCUCGCGAGCAAGAACUUUGCAAUCGAGCGUUCAACACCUGGGAGAAGAACCCUUGCAUUUACAUCCUUGGUAAUCACAAGGCAGAGCGGGUUCCAAUAUUUGCAUUCCUCACAGUUCACGAGGAAACGGGGCGACUGGUCCAUCACAAUUACAUGGCCACGUUGCUUAACGACGUGUUCGGUAUCCAAGCACGCGCAGGCUGCGCGUGCGCCGGACCGUAUGUCGAGGAUCUUCUUGGAAUGCCAGAAUCACAGGCGAAGAAGUUUGCAUCCAUGCUUCUAGACAAGCCCUUCAGGACUGACAUUUCUACUCCUCGAAUUCCACUACAAAUCACAAAACCCGGCUUUACAAGAGUCAACCUCACGUACUUCCUUGACAACGAAACUGCUGAUUACGUCAUCGAUGCGGUUGACAUGGCAACACGAUAUGGUUGGAAACUCUUGCCGCAGUACACGUUCGACAUACGCACGGGCUCGUGGAGACACAAGUCUUUUUCAAACACGCCCAUGUACCAGUUGGAAACGCUCGAAGACUUUGGGCCUUUUUGGUCCCCCGGAAAACAGACACAUGAUCACACAUCAUUCAAGGUACGCUUACAAGACGCCAAGCGUAUCUUUGAAAGCGCCACAGUCUCAGAGAAGCCGCGAAUCACGUCUGCCUGUCUUGAGCUACAGGAUGCGCUUCCGACGAAGAUUGGGACCUUUCGGUGGUUCUUAACCCCCCACGAGGCGGCCACGAUUCUUUCUGACAAGGAGGGACACUAUCUCGAGAAAAGCCAUACAAGAGAAAAAGAAACAGAUCUGAACCAACCACCAGUGACUUUGAGAAAGUCUAGUGAUGUAAGUGAUGGAACUCUACUCUUCAAGCAACAGAAGAAAGGAACAUAA